CUAGUAUAUAGUAUUUAUUUACUGGCUUUGUUUUGUGUUGCUCAAAGGUCAAGCUACGUACAGUGGCAGAAGACCUAUGAAUCCCUCUCUGAUAUGGUAGUGCCUCGCUCCACCAAAAUGAUUGCUGAGGAUGCAGAGGGAGGACUCUUCACCGUGACCCUAUUUAGAAAAGUGAUGGAUGACUUCAAGGCUAAAGCCAGGGAGAACAGGUUCAUGGUUCGAGAAUUUUAUUUUGAUGAGAAGGAACUGAAAUGUGAAAAGGAAGAGCUGAUGAAAUUAGCUUCUGAUAAGAAACAACAAUAUGGCCCGUUACUGCGCUGGCUGAAAGUGAACUUCAGUGAAGCAUUUGUGGCUUGGAUUCACGUGAAGGCCUUGAGAGUUUUUGUUGAAUCUGUCUUGAGGUAUGGCCUCCCAGUGAAUUUCCAAGCAAUGCUGCUGCAGCCAAACAGGAAGUCUGUAAAACGCCUGAGGGAUGUCCUAAACGUGGUCUUCAAACACCUGGAUGAAGUCGCAGCAGCAAGUCUAAUGGAUCCUGGCAUGGACAUCCCUGGUUUACAACUGAGUAAUCAAGAAUACUAUCCUUAUGUCUAUUUCAAGAUUGACCUCAGUCUUCUUGACUGCAGUUAA